GCAUAGACAGGUGGCGGGGAGUGUCCAAGUGGCAGAGAGGGGGAAAAAGCAGAGAAAGAGACGAGAGGAAGAGUGAAGAGGGAGACUCCUGUGGGAAAGGGGGAGUGGGGGAGAGGGACUGGGCAGGAAGAGACAAGAGGAAAUCCCCCCCAGGAAAGAAGGCAGGGGCCAUGACGGAAGCCUGGAACGUGGCUGUCUUUGCAGCCCGCCGGGGCAGAGAUGACGAUGACACCACCCGAGGAAGCGUGUUCACUUAUACCAACAGCAACAACACCAUAGGUCCUUUUGAAGGUCCAAACUACCACAUUGCACCACGAUGGGUCUACAACUUUACCUCCUUCUGGAUGAUUAUUGUUGUCGUUGCUUCCACCUUCACCAAUGGGUUAGUGUUGGUGGCGACUGCCAAAUUCAAGAAGCUGCGGCAUCCGCUCAACUGGGUCCUGGUGAACUUGGCAUUUGUGGAUAUGAUUGAGACGGUGAUUGCCAGCGGCAUCAGUGUGAUCAACCAGAUCUUUGGAUACUUCAUCCUGGGCCACCCCAUGUGUGUGAUAGAGGGCUUCCUCGUAUCUGCUUGUGGUAUCACGGGCCUCUGGUCUCUGGCCAUCAUCUCCUGGGAGCGCUGGUUCGUUGUCUGCAAGCCCUUUGGAAACAUCAAGUUUGAUGGCAAACUAGCCAUGCUGGGCAUUGGCUUUUCCUGGAUCUGGUCUUGGGGCUGGGCAUCACCACCCAUCUUUGGCUGGAGUAGGUACUGGCCCCACGGUCUGAAGACGUCAUGCGGUCCUGAUGUCUUCAGCGGCAACGUCGAGAUGGGCUGCCAGUCCUACAUGCUGGCCCUCAUGGUCUCCUGUUGCUUCUUCCCACUCUUCAUCAUCAUAUUCUGCUACCUGCAAGUGUGGAUGGCUAUCCGUGCGGUGGCUGCCCAGCAAAAGGAGUCGGAGUCCACCCAGAAGGCGGAGAAGGAAGUGUCCAGGAUGGUGAUCGUCAUGAUCACGAUUUUCUGCAUCUGCUGGGGACCCUACACCAUCUUCGUCAGUUUUGCUGCUGCCUACCCUGGCUACGCCUUCCACCCCCUCGCUGCCGCCUUGCCUGCCUACUUUGCAAAGAGCGCCACCAUCUGGAACCCCGUCAUCUACGUCUUCAUGAACAGACAGUUCCGUAACUGCAUACUGCAGCUGUUCGGCAAGAAGGUGGACGAUGGCUCUGAAGCCUCUACCACGUCCCGCACGGAGGUCUCCUCUGUCUCUAACUCCUCUGUAUCGCCAGCAUAAGAGCCCCCUGCCUGGGUCAACACCAAAACAGGACUCUGCCUCCCAGGAGAGCCCCAAUGAGAACCUCUUCUUCCUCUACCACUACAAGGAUUCCCCUUUGAACAUAAGACGUCCUGGCCUGAGACCUCUACAGUCCCUCUCCUUUGGACCUCAACUUUGCCCCAGGCUUGAGAUCUGCUCUUUCUCCUGUGGUUUGACCGGGGCGGGGGUUGUUUCUGAUUUCCUCUGAGAUUUGUUUUUUGGAGGGGGCUGGGGUGAAGGAUGCAGAAUUCCAUGCCCCAGCUUUCUCCACGCUCCCCAGGACAGCCGGCGUGGAGUGUACUUCCUUCCUUUCAGAUGCCCCCCUUGAAUAGUCUCCCCGCCUGUUUGUCUGUCUCCUAGAAGGGGGCGAAAAGAGGGGGCACCCUGGGGGAAAUGUAUCGCUUUUGUAAAGCAAGGCUGCCCAACGCCCUAGUAGUGCUGCUACUGGCCCCCCGGGGCCUGCACUAAGCCCCAAAUCAUCCCAUUCCAUGGAAGGACUGGUGGAUGGGUCCCUACGGGAGACAGCCCACGGUUUGACCAGGCAGGGCCUCUUCUGAUUCCCGUCUGCUCUGAGGUUUUCACUGGCACCAGGGAGCGCAUCCAAUGGGGGGCCAGAUGCAUGCAGCGUGUAUCCCCCUGCAAGGUGUCUGGGCCUCGGCGAGGUUGGGUGUACUGAAUUUCUAGCUCUCCUCUAGGGGCGGCUUCCGACCCGGGGCCGAAAUGCAGAGAACCAGCACAAGCCGCCUUAGAUGCCCCAUGGGUUUUGUGCUUCUCCCUAGCAGGGCCCGCCUGGAACCGUUUCUGUACAUAGUGUUUGAUACGAAAGUCUCCUGUUUCCCUAACUGGGACAUUUAGCUAGAAAUGCAAUGGGAAAAAAAUGACAUAAAAAAAUAAAUAAGAUUAACAUAUCAUCUCGGUACAAGCAGAAACACAGCAGCAAGAGCCAGUUAGAGAAUAAAGGUUUUUAACUUCUCUACAAAAGCUCAGUUCUUAUCCGACAUAGACCUGCUGGUGUCCGUGUGAAUGUCUGUACAGGGGUGUUUGUACGCAUGCUUCUGCGUCACGUGUUAUGGCAAGGAUUGCAAACUGGUUGGGGUCAUUUGGGGGCCUUGUAAAGGCCUAUGUGUAGCCACGGGCAGCCUUGAGGGUUGCCAGUUGCAGUCUGGGAAAUUCCUGGAGAUUUGGGGAGCGACGCCUAAGGAGGGAAGGCUGGACGUCAGCACGGUGUAAAGUUAUAGCGCCCACCCUGCAGAGCAGCCAUUUUCUCCGGGGGAAGCGACUUCUGUAUUCUGGCAAGCAGUUGUGAUUCCAGGAGACCUCCAGGUCCCACCUGGAGGCUGGCAACCCUUCUGAGCCCUCUUCUGGGCAAAGGGAAGCGGCUGCCUUGAGUGGGAGGAUUUGGGGCAACGUGACGUGUGUGUGUGUGGGGGGGGGAGAGACAGGUCUGCCCCAGGGGGACAUUCUCCCGUCCGAGCUCUGUGGGAAUGAACGGGGCCAUAGCGGCAUGAGAGGAGACUGCGCACUGUGCGAAUUGGGGCAGCGUGGAAGCCCUGCUUCAAACUGGCUCAAACAGAAUCCUGCGUCCCAUCACUCUGCUUAGCCACGUUUGAAGCUUUCUCCUUGACUAAAAUGCCUUUCUCCAGUGGGAGAAUCCCUUCCUCCGGAGGAAAGCUCCUUAGGCCAGAGGGAUAGGAUUGCUCCCUCUUGCUUGGUAAAUCCCUAGAAUGGGGUCUGGGGCUUGGGGAGGGUGGAGUCUAAAGAGAGGAGAAACUUGAGCCAGGUUAUGAUGUUAUAGAGGCAACCCUCCGAACCUGCUGUUUUCAGCCCAGAGAUCUAGAGAUCAACUGUAAUUCUGGGACAACCCCAACUCCAUCUGGCAACCCUAUAGAAGAAAGGUUUCAAGAACCGCUGAGCCAAGGGGUAGGAAGCAAACCCUGCUUCCCAGAAUUUAAGCCUGCGAAGUUCCACUCCUUGUCUUCUCUGCUUAACUUGCCCGAUUCAGCACUUGCCGAUCCGUUCGCGCUCCUGUGCCGAGCUUCUAUAGCUACCACAGAGCUGCCCCGUUCUCCUCUGCUCCCCCACCGCUGCCGCCUUUCCCGUCGUCUGUCCUGGGACUCCGGAGUUGGGCUUCAUUUCAUCACAUAGAUCAGACUUCAGCAUACAAUCAGAUGUGGCUUGGGCAUCAUCGGACGCUACCUGAGAAUCAGGCAUGUUGGACAGCACAAAUCUUGUGAUUUUAAUAAAUAUAUAUGAAUAU